AUGGAUCAGUGUGAGGACAGAGAGGAGGGAGUCCCUCCCUCUAAAACCACUCUGUGUGGGGAACAUGAGAGCCAGACCAAAGCUCAGAGGAACCAACAUGGACCUCCACCCAGCUCUGUGUCCUUAAAGAGUGAUGCAUCUAAAGAUGAAGCCAUUAAAUUUAAAGCCCAGCAAGCAUCUGCUGCAGAGAGUGGCCCUAAUCGUCAUCCGUACAAACUGGACACAUCGCUGUCAGUGAAGCUGGAAGCCUGCAGAGUGGACCAGCAGAGCUCAGAGGCUCCCAGUGGUCAGACUGCCCAGCACCAUCAAACACACCUGGACUCCAUAUUUAUGCUGCUGGAGGACAACAUAAUCACUUUUGUGAAGAAUGAGCUGAAGAAAAUCCAUAAGACUUUUAAUCAAUCAUCCUUAGUGUUCGAAAGUAGUCAGAAAGAGGAUGAGAUUUCGGAGGAUGAGGAUAAAGAGCUGAGGAGGAGCACCAAAAAUGCUUUUCUGGGGAUCACACUGAAUUUCUUGAGGAGAAUGAAGCAGGAGCAGCUGGCUGACCAUCUGCAGAGCAGAAUUGUCAGUGGAUUUUUUCAACGUCAUUUCAAGUCUGUCUUGAAGAAGAAGUUCCAGUGUGUGUUUGAGGGCAUCGCUAAAGCAGGAAACCCAACCCUUCUGAAUCAGAUCUACACAGAGCUCUACAUCACAGAGGGAGGGACUGCAGUGGUCAAUGAUGAACAUGAGAUCAGACAGAUUGAAACAGCAUCCAGGAAACCAGCCAGACCAGAAACAACAAUCAGACAAGAAGACAUCUUUAAAGCCUCACCUGGAAGAGAUGAACCAAUCAGAACAGUGCUGACAAAGGGAGUGGCUGGCAUUGGGAAAACAGUCUUAACACAGAAAUACACCCUGGACUGGGCUGAAGACAAAGCCAAUCAGGACAUCCAGUUCAUAUUUCCAUUCACCUUCAGAGAGCUGAAUGUGCUGAAAGAGGAAAAGUUCAGCUUGGUUGAACUUGUUCAUCACUUCUUUACUGAAACCAAAGAAGCAGGAAUCUGCAGCUUUGAAGACUUCCAGGUUGUGUUCAUCUUUGAUGGUCUGGAUGAGUGUCGACUUCCUCUGGACUUCCACAAAACUGCAAUCCUAACUGACCCUAGAAAGUCCACCUCCAUGGAUGCGCUGCUGAUAAACCUCAUCAGGGGGAACCUGCUUCCCUCUGCUCACGUCUGGAUAACCACACGACCUGCAGCAAUCAGUCAGAUCCCUCCUGACUGUGUUGGAAUGGUGACAGAGGUCAGAGGGUUCACCGACCCACAGAAGGAGGAGUAUUUCAGGAAGAGAUUCAAAGAUGAGGAGCUUGCCAGCAGGGUCAUCCCCCACAUCAAGACAUCACGAAGCCUCCACAUCAUGUGCCACAUCCCAGUCUUCUGCUGGAUCACUGCUACAGUUCUGGAGGAUGAGCUGAAAACCAGAGAGGGAGGACAGCUGCCCAAGACCCUGACUGAGAUGUACAUCCACUUCCUGGUGGUUCAGGCCAAAGUGAAGAAGAUCAAGUAUGAUGGAGGAGCUGAGACAGAUCCACACUGGAGUCCAGAGAGCAGGAUGAUGAUCGAGUCUCUGGGAAAACUGGCUUUUGAUCAGCUGCAGAAAGGAAAUCUGAUCUUCUAUGAAUCAGACCUGACAGAGUGUGGCAUCGAUAUCAGAGCAGCCUCAGUGUACUCAGGAGUGUUCACACAGAUCUUUAAAGAGGAGAGAGGACUGUUCCAGGACAAGGUGUUCUGCUUCAUCCAUCUAAGUCUUCAGGAGUUUCUGGCUGCUCUUCAUGUCCAUCUGACCUUCAUCAACUCUGGAAUCAAUCUGCUGGAAGAACAACAAAGAAAAAAACACAAAUCUUUCCUGAAGACUGCUGUGAGAAAGGCCUUACAGAGUCCAAAUGGACACUUCGACUUGUUCCUGCGCUUCCUCCUGGGUCUUUCACUGCAGAAUAAUCAGACUCUCCUACGAGGCCUGUUGACACAGACAGGAAGUAGCACACAGAGUAAUGAGGAAACAGUUGAGUACAUCAAGAAAAAGCUCAGUAAGAAUCUGUCUGCAGAGCAAAGCAUCAAUCUGCUCCACUGUCUCAAUGAACUGAAUGAUCGUUCUCUACUGGAGGAGAUUCAACAGUCCCUCAGAUCAGGAAGUCUCUCCAAAGGUAAACUGUCUCCUGCUCAGUGCUCAGCUCUGACCUUCAUCUUACUGUCAUCAGAGGAGGCUCUGGAUGUGUUUGACCUCAAGGAAUACUCUGCUUCAGAGGAGGCUCUUUUGAGGCUGUUGCCUGUGGUCAAGACCUCCAAAAAAGCUCUACUCAGCACCUGUGAACUCUCAGAGGAACAUUGUGAAGCUCUGGUUUCAGUUUUCAGCUAUCGGUCCUCUAGCUUAAGAGAGCUGGACCUGAGUAUCAAAAACCUGCAGGAUUCAAGUGUGAAGCUUUUGGCAGCUGGACUACAAAGUUUAAACUCUAAACUGUGUACUCUGAGACUCAGUAACUGUAACCUCUUGGACAGAAGCUGUAAAUCGCUGUCCUUAGUUCUCAGCUCUCAAUCCUCCAGUCUGAGAGAGCUGGAACUGAAUAAUUCCGACUUGCAGGAUUCAGGAGUGAAGCUUCUAACUGCUGGAUUAAAUAGUGCACUGUGUACACUGAAGACUCUCAGGCUGUCAGGCUGUCUGAUCACAGAUGAAGGCUGUACUUCUUUGGCCUCAGCUCUGAACUCCAAUCCCUGCCAUCUGAGAGAACUGGACCUGAGCUACAAUCAUCCAGGAGACUCAGGCAUAAAGCUGCUGUUAGCUGGACUGAAGGAUCCAAGCUGGAGACUAGAUACUCUCAGGGUGGAGCCUGCUGGAGUCCAGUGGUUGAGACCAGGUCUGAGGAAGUAUUCCUGUCAACUCACAAUCGACACAAACACAGUGAACACAAACCUCCAACUGUCUGACAACAACAGGAAGGUGACAUAUGUGGAGGAGGUUCAGUCAUAUCCUGAUCAUCCAGAAAGAUUUGAUGUUCAUCCUCAGCUGCUGUGUAGAAAUGGUCUGACUGGUCGUUGUUACUGGGAGGUUGAAUGGAGAGGAAAUGUUUAUAUAUCAUUGAGUUACAGAAGAAUCAGAAGGAAAGGAGACAGUUAUGAAUGUUUGCUUGGACGAAAUGAAGAGUCUCUGUGUCUGAUUUGCUUUGAUGAUGGUCCUCGUUAUGCCUGGCACAAUAACAGAGAAACAUCUAUCUCCUCCCCCUCUUCCUCCUCCUCCUCUUCCUCCUCCCCUGUCUCUAACAGAGUAGCCGUGUAUGUAGACUGUCCUGCUGGCACUCUAUCUUUCUACAGAGUCUGUGAAACUCUGAUCCAUCUCCACACCUUCAACACCACAUUCACUGAACCUCUUUAUCCUGGGUUUAAUGUUGAUCAUGGUUCGUCAGUGUCUGUUGACAACCAACGUAAAAGAGCAUUACCGCCUCCUACUGUUCCAGAGUAUGGACUGACUGACAUCCACAAGAGGAUGAUGAUGGACGAAGAGGAGAAGAGAGCAGAGUCCGGUGAACCUAGACCAACGAGUCCCUCCCGUCUAACAGAGCUGGACAUGAGUGGAAACACCCUGCAGGAUUCAGCAGUGAAGCUUCUGUGUGCUGGACUGGAGAAUCCAAACUGUCGACUGGAAACUCUCAAAUUGGUGAGCUGUGGUCUGUCAGAGAUCAGCUGUGAUUAUCUGGCAGCAGCUCUGAAGUCCAACCCCUCCUAUCUGAGAGAGCUGGACCUGAGGUUGAACAAAAAGCUGCAGGAUUCAAGAGUGAAGCAGCUGUGUGGUUUUCUGGAGAGUCCAGGAUGUGGACUUGAAACUCUGAGAUUGGGGAGUUGUGGUUUGUCAAAUAUCAGCUGUGAUUAUCUGGCAGCAGCUCUGAAGUCCAACCCCUCCCAUCUAAGACAGCUGGACCUGAGCAACAACAACCUGCAGGAUUCAGGAGUGGAACAGCUUUGUGGUUUUCUGGAGAGUCCAGGAUGUGGACUUGAAACGCUGAGAUUGUGGCGCUGUGGUUUGUCAGAGAUCAGCUGUGAUUAUCUGGCAGCAUCGCUGAAGUCCAACCCCUCCUAUCUGAGAGAGCUGGACCUGAGUAACAACAACCUGCAGGAUUCAGGAGUGAAGCAGCUGUGUGGUUUUCUGAAGAGUCUGGGAUGUGGACUUGAAACUCUGAGAUUGAAGGACUGUGGUUUGUCAGAGAUCAGCUGUGAUUAUCUGGUAGCAGCGCUGAAGUCCAACCCUUCCCAUCUUAGAGAGCUGGACAUGAGUGGAAACUACAACCUGCAGAAACCAGAUGUGAAGCAGCUGUGUGAGCUUAAGGAGAGUCCAGACUGCAGACUGGAGGUGGAGGUCAUGGUAAACAGGACAGUGUGUGUGCUGAGAGAGGAUGAGCUGUGUCCUGGUGAUGAGAGGAUGAAGCAGCAGUGUAGAGACACUUUUGUGUAG